AUGCAGCUGCCUGUUUUCAACUCAGGGGGCUUCCGCAGGGCCUUGUGCUUCCAAGAGAUCCUGUCAGAGGUCGGCUUUGACGGCGGCCGCCCCAUUGAUGAGGCGUUUUUCAGGGCCCGCAUCAGCGGACGCCACAACCCGGAGAUAGCUGCCGACCUGUUCCCGGCCUGGAGUGUGGAGCAGCACAUGGUGUUUUACACAGACAAGGAGCAGCGCUUCAGGGACCUGGCGGGCUCGCAGCUUCAGCGGACCCCGGGGCUGACAGAGUGGAUCGACUGGCUGCGCAGACGCGGCGUGCGCAUGGCGGCGGUGACCAACGCGCCGCGCGCCAACACGGAGCUCAUGCUGGCUGCUCUUGGGCUGGACAAGGAGUUUGAGGUCAUUGUCCUGGGUGAGGAGUGCGCUCGCGCGAAGCCCCACCCAGACCCCUACCUUCGCGCCAUGGAGCUCAUAGGGGUGGCGCCCGAGGAGUCUCUUGUGAUCGAGGACUCACCCGCAGGCCUCCGGGCCGCCGUGGCUGCGGGCGUGGCGGCAGUGGGCAUCACAACUGGUCAGCCACGGGACGUGCUGCUGGCAGCAGGGGCCUGCCUGCUGGUGGACGAUUUCCACCAGCUGCUACAGGUGGCCUUGGCAGACGCCAGCAGCAAGGAGGAGGGCGCGGCGGUGGAACCCCUCGAGGUGCGCUCUUGA